AGCAGGCUACGCUGCAGUCGCUGAGAAGAUAUCAGGCGACAAAAAAGGAUUUUUAGUGAGAAUGGAAUCACGGUUGUAGUGGGUUUUGUCGAGGCGUACGGACUGAAGUAGGGCCCAAUCGUGUUGACUGGGCAGCAGAGGCUCAAAAGGUCCGGAUCUGGGUGCGCUUCUUGUUCUUGAGCCAGCUGUGGCGCUUGCCAGUCGAAGGGUACAUUAAGCUGCAAACGACCACGUGAGUAUUCAAUCGCACGAAGAGUGGCUUGCGGCACCUCCUUGAGCGCACCGUUCGAUAAAUACCCGGACCCAAUUUGCAAAGGCGAGACUUUAUCCGAAGGUUUUCGGCUUCGCGUCUUCGCCGCGUCCGGGCAGUGUAUUUCUACGCAGGAACCACUGCGGACGCCUCGGCCUCACAAGCGGAAUCAGGCAUCGCAACUUCAACUUCAUCUACUUCUCAGCAACAACGUAGUGAGAGUGACAACGACCCACGUCCUGACGUUGCCUUCUUAACAGACAACUUCUGCACCCACAACACCAUGCAGCAGCCGGACUUGUUCAGCAGCUCCCCGCCGCGGAGGCAGAAGCGGCGGUUCAUCGUCGCGCGGCAGGUUGGCGAUGACGAAUUCGCAGAGUUCGCGGGGAAGAUGGAGAAGCAGGGGCUGGACCCGAUCUUCGACGCCGCGCCGCCAAAUUUCGCAGAGCUUUCCGCGGCAUCGCCGACCCGAGAAGACGUGGCCGCGGCCAUUGACCCCGCAGCGGAGGAGUUCGCGAAGGCCGCCAACGCAACGCGAAAAACCAUGAAGAACCCCUUCACGAGGUGGGACCGAAAAAUGAGCGGUCUGAACAACUUGACCGUCGGAGAAAAAAUCAAUGCGCAGAGACAUCAGAGUACUUAUUUUCUCCAGUAUUUUUUCCAGGUUUUUCAACAAAGCUAAAAGUAAAAAAUUUUUCUCGUGUUUCUGAACAUUCGCAGGGCCUCGAUCUCUGAUCUACUUGUCACAGUCUUCAAGUACUUAGUCCUCAAAAACACUCCCAAUACAGAAGCGUUGGCCCGAUGGGAGAAGAUGAAGCAGGAGUGGGAGAAGUUCCGUGGCAUCGCGAGCAAAGUAACAGACAGGCCAAAGGAGGCGCUCACCAUCACAGCGGCGGAAGAAUACAGAGAGCGCGUGGAGCUAAUGGAUUUGAUCGAUCGAGCGACGCCAGAUUUCAUCAAAAGCGGCGGCUAUGGCUGGUAUAGGCUUCGCCUUUUCGGACAUUACAGGCGCUUCCUUUUGCAUACCCUUCCUUAAAGUCCACAAUGCGACUUUUUACUAUUUGAAGAUGAAGUAAAAGUAAAACUAGUAAAAGAAGCGCUUGAAGACGUUACAACAAUCUUCCGAAAGGUACCAGUCUCUCCGCGACUACGGUGCCCGGUUAGUGACAAUUGGGAACAUUUUCAGUGGCUUGUACCUCUACAUCAAGCUAAAACCCAACGCCAACGGGCAGAUCAUACGAAAACCCUGGUUGCGCGAACUCGCGUAUUACCGAGCAAAGAACCACUCCCACACCUGGCGAGACAAUCCAUUUCUGAUCGCCAGGAAAAAAAGGUAAGUAAGUAUUUCCGUGACGACAAGAAUAUGUCUUCGUAAAAACACCUACGGAGCACUUCAUUGCGUACUUCCAAAUGCCCGUACUUCCAUGAGUUCCAGAGCACUUCAUUGCGUACUUCCAUGAGUUCAUUGAUGAAUUUAUUUGUCACAGGUAUGGCGCCGCCAUGGAGAUGAUGAAUCCAGGGCUCCUUGGCAUUGACGAAAUGCUCGAAAUCGAUGGCGUCGGGGCGGAAAAACUCCAGGCCUUGCGGGAGCAGGCACAGAAACAGGUGUGAGCCUUUGAAGCCUUUCUUGAGACGUCCGAUUCUACUAUUACUCCAAGCAUGCAUAGAAGUCAACAUCAAGAGUAUGGGCUACGGUAGGUAGAUGCACUGCGUGAGACUACAUAAGAUGAAAGUAUUCUUUACACUGCGUAAAGAAAUUUUGUGUUCUUAACAGGGCGCCGAGGAGCCACAAGUCGUCGAGGAGGCGGAGCAGCCGGAGGCCGUUGAGGAACCCUCAGGUCCCGCUGUUGAGUUGGAGCCCUCCCGCCUCGAGUUCCACUGCCUCACUGGGGAGAAGGACACCGCGGUGCUUACCAUCCGCAACACGGGGUCAACUGUGCUCUUCUGGGAGCUCGAAGAACUCCCGCCGGUCAAGCACUAUGAGGAGUCGGUAAUGGUUUACAACAUCGACGUUCUUCUUCUCUCCACCUGCUGCCCAUUUUGCUCACUUUAACUGUAAUGUGCGAUCGCGAAAAUUUUGUGAAAGAAAAAAAAUCGAAGAACUGAUUUAUUCUUGCAGGUUACCCCUGCGGACCCUACGAAGCGGUUCCAAACACAUGUCGUGAAAGGGAAGAUCUUUCCAAGUAACGAGCAGCAGAUAACGGUCACCUUUCUGUCUGCCACCGCGGGGUCUUUCACGAGCAGAUGGCGCCUGAAAACCAAUCCCAACAUGGUCACAGAGGUACAGAUCCAAACUCAGGCACUCUGCCUGGUGUUCCUCUUGCUUUUUUUUUUCUUCGAUCGGAACACGCAGUGUGAAUUCAAGACGAAAAGGAAAACCAAAAUUCUUGUUCAGGAUUACGUGAUGCACGGCGUUUCGUUUUGGCGGCACGCGGACAUCAUAUCAGACUUGCAGCAGGAGCUGCACACCAAGCAGGUGGAUAGUCAGUGCAGCGAGUGCGUCGAGGAUUUGUUUCAUGACGUGGACGUCACGCCGUUCCCCGAGCCAGACUUUACAGUGGAAAGCAUCCGCAGUUUGUAUUUCGAGGAGCGAAACGCCGGCGCGGGCAGUGUCACCGCUGGGGGUAGCAGUAGUAGUACCAGUACCUCGUCUACGGCUGGCAGGCUGCACUACCGUUCGGAGUACUUUACGAAACUGUCCGACCUGCUGACCGAGCUGCGCGAGUUCGCGCGCGCGGCCGGCAUGGAAAACCAAAUUUUGUGGCGCGACGAGCGAGGAAAGAUCUUCCAGGACUACGAAUAUGGCGACCACGUACACUACUCAGAAGAAGAACACGCAGCAGCCCGGGGCCAUUUGCCACUCACAAAACCGCUGGAGCCAGUCCGUACUGACACAUUUCUGAGAUCAGAUGUGCCGGCUUAUGUUCAUGCUAUUCUAGUAGUUUGAUGAUGACGAUGAUGAUCGUAAACGCUCGGGAUGAAUGAAUGUUGUUCCACAACGCACGUAAGCACAAGUGAUCCUCCAAAAUCCACAGCGAUAUCUUUCGGCCCGGAUUUCCAGUGGGACCUACGUCUACAGGAGCUCAAAGAUAUUUUGCGCGACGUCGAGCCGCAGAAUCCCGAGGGGCCGGAAAUCCGCAUCUGGCGCAGAAUGCGCUCCGAUUUGCUGCGGCUGGAGCGCUUCUUCUCUGCCCCGCCGCUGGACCGCAGCCCUGCUUUUUCGGUCAUCGCAGAGGAAACCACAAGGCUCGCAAACCUCGUCAUCGACGAAUGGGCCACGGUAAUAUGGCUCUACCACCGUCUAGUUUGUGCAGUUGAAGAUUUUGUGAAGAAGUAAGAACAGCGAGACCGUAGAUUCUGCUACUUUCGUCAAGUCUGUGUUUGAUUUAUUUAGUGCUCAUCUGCUCUCACCAGGCCCGCGAAGCCGUUGCAGACCCGAGCGACGCGGACGCCUUGACCGCAGCAAAGGACGCCUUUUGCGAUAACUUCUCACUUUUCACGGAGAGAAAAAAGAUGGUCACGAACGAGGAGGGCGAGCCCGUGGAGGAGGCGUACGUGAGCACGAUUCUCGACAAAAACUGCGAACAAGUGCUGGACAGCGGCAGUUUGAGGAGUAAGAGCUACUCUUCCACGUCACAGGCAGUUGGUGCAUACAGGAAGAAGAUGACAACCGAGCAGGCGGAUCCAGCGGGACAAGUCGUCUUGUACGAAAUGGAUCUAUCGAGCAUAGCAGGGGUAAAGAAGCUGGUUGUUGAUUAAUUUUGUCCACUUCUCUGCGUCUGCGCUAACUCAUUUAGUGGUCAGAUUGAUUGCUGCAAGAGCAAAAUAAAGCAUUGAUUUCACGCCGGUGUAUUAAUUUGCUUUCGUGAUGUUGAACCCAAGGCCAAGAGCAAUAUCAGGUCGAAGCAGUGCCCAAAAAGGGCGGCGAAGAGGGCGAAGUGACCUACGAGCUUGAUGGGCCGCACAUAAAUGACCUCACCAUCCGUCUGGAAGCCGGGCUAACCGACAUCAUAGCGGCCAAUCCAAAAGCGCUGUUUAUUUGCGCUCACGUCGACAGCACGGUGCAUGCUUCGAACAAGAACUUUAGCGGAGAAGAAGAUCCACGUAAAAGGAGAUUCCAUUUUCACCCACUGGUUCCUUCUUUUCUGUUUUGAGGAGUUGCUUUCUCACAGAUGAAGUCAAAUGCUGUACAACUACAACGAAUUCCUUGGGAGUAGUAAGGUUUGCUCGCACGAAGAUUCAGCGAAAUCGAACAAAAUCAAAAAAGCAAUACCGACCACGGUCCCGGGCUGCGUCAGCUUUGAGGAGGACUUGGACCUGAUGAUCAAGAAGAUUACCGGCGUCGCCUGCGAAUUCAUCACGUUGGAGGAGCUCGGUAAGCCAGAAUUCGCGGCGGAAAUCCGCAAGGAGACCGAGGAAGAGGAGGAGCUCGCGAAGAUCUACCUGAUCGAAAACCUGGCCAGCCAGUAUUUGGAGCUCGGUGGGCGCCGCAUCGACGACACGUAUGAGCGCUUCACGUGGGCGGCCCGGGAGAACUGGGUGGACCAGAAGCUCUUCCCCUUUGGCAUCGACGUGUACGUGCAAGACUCCUUCUCCUGUGCGCUCCGUGGCGACUACACCACGCAGAAGUACCUCAGCUGGGACCGCCCGGCGCUGCCCGCCCGCGUUGUCGGCCCCUUCGUCGACGCGGAGAUGCAGAACCUCUUCAGCGAGGUCCUCAAGAUGCCCGACAACGCGGCCGCGGGCAGCUCGGCAGAGCACACCGUAUGAUACGGCUUUUCUUUUUGUACGUUUCAUCGAAAAAUCCCUUUCCUCUGUAUGGGGGCGAAGAACAAGAGUUAGAUAACGAUAAGCCUCGGAGUAGCAAGUAUGAUAAAGUUCUCCGAAGAUGACACCAUGGUCAUGGACAUCCUUUUUUUAUCUUGUCGAACACAGGCGACCGAGAAUGAGGAGGGCGAGGAGCAGGGAGACGGGCUGCAGGUCCAGGUGGUCGGCGGCGUGAUCGAGCCAGGAAAUUUGAAGGAGGGCUCUCUCGAAAAGAUCGCGGCCGCGCGCAACGUCCUCGAGGAACUGUCGCAAUUGUGCUUUGUGGGCGGGAACCUCGCCCUGAUUCUGGUCCGGUUUGUGUUCAACUGCGGCGCGAGCUGGUUCCCCAACGCGGAGGAGAAUCCGACCUUCGCCGCCGUGCUCCGCGACGAGCUCGCGACCGCGGUGCAGAACGCGGACAGGUGUUUGCUGAUUCCGACCGACUUCCUCUACGACGAAACGCCACCACCGGACGCCGACCCCGCGGACAAGAAGAAACCGUACCUUUUGAAGGUCGGCGGGACCACGUUGGGCGGCGGGACGAAAACCGUCGUCUACUCGGACGAGAUCACAUACGGCGCGCACAAGGGCAAGUGCCUGGUGCUGGAAACGCAGGAAGAAGCGGUGUCCGGGGUCUGGAACGCCUGCGGGAGAAUAUCACUCGUCGAGGUGGCCACCCUGCGCGCCAGCCUGGAGCAGGCGUUUUUAGAGGAGAAGCAGAAAGAGGCCGACGCCGCCGCGGCGGCGGAGGCGGGCGAGGAGGCGGCGGCCGCAACAGGCGCGGAGGCGGCCGAGGAGGCCGAGGCCCCGGCUUCCCCCUAUGAAGCGGUGUGGACGGGUGGCGUCCCGGAGGACAUGGCGACCGCUUGCUCCUUGACCGACCUGGGCCCGAGCUCCGUAGCCCAAGUGAAGCGCUUGCUCACCAGGAGCAAGGCUGUGGUGGUUACGGACAAACUGGCACCGGUGGUCGCGACCGGCGAAGGAGUGAAUGCACCCAGCGACGUGGACCUGUGGGAGUUCGUCGAGCUCAGAAUGCAGCCCGUGGAAGAGGAGGAGGAGGAAGAGGAAGAAGCUAUCAGAUGUAGAAAUUUUUCGAUGCACAAUCGUCUCCGUUUGUCAACACUUCCUGGAAAGCAAGUGGAAACUGCGUGAUGUAGUUCUCCGUUUGCAUGUUUUUGUUUCAUGUUCUUCGUCGUUUGCACUGUCCAUACUUACUUGCUUGAAUACUUCUUGCGGUCCGGGGAAAAGAGGAGGAGUGCAUGGGUACUAGUUCGCUUGCAUACUCUAAGAAGAGGAGGAGGACGAGGACGGAAAUCCGAUCCCACGCAAAGAAAAGCCCCCGAAGCCGGAGAAGUGGGCGGAGUUCGAGUCGUCCAUGUUUGUCGGCAAGGAGCUGGCGAAGGCGGUGGUGGCGUACAAGCCGGAGCAUUCUUACUCACUGGUGGUCGAUAAGAUUCCCGAGGUCUUCUUGAGUCGGUUCCUGUCCGGAGCGCCGGUCGGCGGAAUCGCCUGUCUCUCCGACAAGCCGGGGAAGAAGCGGGCGUUGAAAACGGGUCCGGUUGGGGCGAAAAAAUGACCACUUCCCGCGGGAAGGUAGCGAAUGACCCGAGCGGGAGCGAAACUUCUUUUCUAGUGCAGUUCUGAUUGAUGUAAGUACUUCAAGCUCUGCUGCACAAGAAAAGGUAAAACGAUAUCAACGAGCAGGUCUUGUGAUACCGAUUUUUACGAAUUGUUGAAACUUUUCCUGUACAAAGUUUCGUCUACAUUUGCAACACAAAUUGCAGGCAUUUCAGUCUUGUUAUACUUUCAGGUUUUACUCUCAGUUCAAAAGGAGACAAUAGGAAUUAGUAUCAACGAUUAUGCGUGAUUGCUCCGAUUCACCGAUACCGAUUGGAAUAUUAUGGUAAGUAUGUAGCAACCGAAUCAGAUUCAGAAGUGAAGUUCAU